AUGGAGUCACCAAAGAUUGUCUACAAAUAUUACUCCAACCCAGCGUUCUGCGCGAGUGAAUAUGCCCAGAAAUGCACAAGAAUUGUGUCACCGGAACGCAAGCGGGUACCACCACUUGGCACCAACACACCACGCUCGGACAAACGAAUACUACGAACAGAUAUAUCCGAUAAUCCUCUACGUAUAUCAAGACUCAAAGACGUGCCUCCUGAACUGCCCCCAAAACCCGCCAGGUUCCACCGUCAAGCUUCCUUGAUGUGUAAGCCGACGCGAGCGAUCGUUCAUUGCAGGUCACGUAGCGAGGAUUUAGAGAUGGCCCAACUGAAGCAGCAACAAGAGCUCUCUUUACGCUAUGAUAGCUAUGACACAGACUAUUCACCAACCAAAAAACGCAUCAUCGAGGCUGAUGAAAGCGAGAUCGAGGAGUACAAUGUGGACGCACCAGAUCUGAACGAACUGAAGGCGAUACCAAGCGAAAUUGUCAAGACUGUGAACGGGAAAACUUUAAGGUACGCGAUCGUCCCUGAUGAAGACAUAGCGUCGAAGAUUGCGACCCAGAAACUCCACGAACUCUUAUCAACCCCAAGGAAGCUGAAGAGCUACGGCAGUCAGCCGUCAGUGCGUAGUCCAAAACAGAGGACCCCCAUUAAACUGGUAUCAAGUACGCCAACGAAUAUGACACCGUCGAAAUCUUGCGCCAAUUUAAGUACCACAUCACCAAUUUCCCCUAAAGCCCAACAGAAGCUGAAUUAUGGCCUGCCGGAGUUUGAUAGACAUGAUGUGUUUGUUAGAGAGAAGAGAGACAGGACUACGGCUGUUAUUAUGCCACGGGUAGCUGAAGCCCCAUCUACAUACUCCGAAGACACAUAUAAGUCUUUGAGUUUUAAACAAAAUGGUGCUGCUGCUUCUCUAACCAUAGCUGCAUUAAUGCUGACGCUCUGCGGCGGUUUGACAACAGGACUUAGUUUCUACAUGAUGUAUUCUUUGGGACGCCGUUACUACCUGGACUUUGGUGUUCUUUCCGGUUUCACCUGCUUCCUGCUUGGUUUAUUAGGCCUUAGAUCAAGACGUAACCAACUUUUGCCAAAUAGGAAUUAUAUUUCCGGUUACAUCGUGUUAUCAUCGUUCUCGCUCCUCAGCGCUUUUGGUCUACUACUCCUCCUCUGCAUCCAGCCGAAAUCUGGAACAGCUUUGAACGACAUCACCUCUGGUGCUGUGUGCAGCAUCAGUGUUCUAUCUUUGGGCCUGUCUACUAUUGGUAUACUGGCUUCGUACUGCUGUGCGAGGGACCCACCAGAUAAUAGAGUUGGGGUAGGGACAGCAAGAUGGUAUUAG